AUGAUGCCCGCAGCUGCAGCAGCAGCAGCAGCUGCUGCUGCAGCAGCAGCAGGCGCAGCAGCAGGCGUAGCAGCAGCAACAGCAGCAGCAGUCAAGGCGGCCACGCAGCCACAGCCAGCAGCAGCAGCCACAUCAGCAGCAGCAGCAGCAGCAACAAAGGAGACAGAAAGUACCAACGCUGAAUGCUUAGAAGGGGGGCCCCCAUCCCCCCAAAGGGCCCCCUCAACCCGCCGAAGGUCUGCUGCUGUGGGGGCCCCCCGAGGGGGCCCCCUGAAGACUUCUAAGGCAGCAGAGGGUGCAGCAAAGUGCAGAAAAAAGCAGCAAAAAGAAAUAUAUCCACCAAGAGACACUUCUUGCGAGGCGUGCCUUAAGCUGCAGCAGCAGCUGCAGCAGCAGCAGCAGCAGCAGCAGCAAGCAACAGAUGAGAACAGUGCGCAGGGCAACGAAGGGCAAAGGGACGCAUGCGAAGCAGCAGCAACAGCAGCAUCAGCAGCAGCAGAAUCAGCGUCCGCUCCCGCAACAGCAGCAGCAGAAAAAGAAGACUUGCAGAGUCUGCAAGCUCUUGCUGCUGCUGCUGCUGCGCUGCGCUGCUGCGGCUACCACAUACACUUGAUGAAGCCCUCAGCUUUUGCUGCUGCACUAAAGGCCUGGUUUAGAAAACACAGAAGGAAACUACCCUGGAGAGGAGACCCUCCGCCAUACACUUGUUGGAAGGAGACACGCAAAGACACGAUGGAUGCCUCAGCUGCUGCUGCUGAUGCUGCUGAUUCUCCUGCUGCGGCUGCUGCUGCUUCACAGACUGGCAAGAGGAAGAGACAGCAGCAGCAGCAGCAGCAGCAACAGCAGCAACGCUCAAUAGUGUCUUUCUUUAAGCCCGUACCUUCUGGAAAACGACGCCAGCCCAGCAGCAGCAGCAGCAGCAGCAGCAGCAGCCGAAAGGAGGAGGUUGUGGUGGUGUCUGAGGACGAGCAGGAAGAUAUGGAAGCAGUAGAGACAGCAGAAGCAGCAGCAGCAGCAGCAGCAGCAGCAGGGGAUAUGAAAGCAACAGCCGCAACAGCUAAAGAAACAGAUGCAGCAGUUGCUGCAGCAACAACAACAGCAGCAGCCAAAAGGGAAGCAACAGCAGCAGCAGGAACAACUGCAGUAGCAGCAGCAGUAGGAGCAGAUGUAGCAGCAACAGCAGCAGCAGGAAAAGACGCAGCAGCAGCAGCAACAAUCAAGAUGGAAGUAACAGCAGCGGCAGCAGGGGCAGACGCAGCAGCAGCAACAGCAUCACCCAAGACGGAAGCAGCAGCAGCAGCAGCAGCAACAGCAGGAGCAGAUGCAGCAGCAGCAACAGCAUCACCCAAGACGGAAGGAACAGCAGCAGCAGCGGCAGCGGGAACAGACGUAGCAGCAGCGUCAGCCAAGACGGAAGCAGCAGCAGCAGGAACAGCAGCAGGAACAGAUGCGGCAGCAGCAGCAGCAGCAGGAACAGAUGCAGCAGCAGCAGCAGCACCAGCACCGCCGCGCAGCGCGUACGGGAUUUGGAUAAGCGAAGUGAUGCUGCAGCAGACACAAGUGGCAGCAGCAGUUUCUUACUGGCUGAAGUGGCAAGUUUUGUUUUUUAAUUUUUAG